AUGACCAAUAUUGAUGUCAUAUGCAAUGGCUCAUUGAUAGUUUGUCGUAAAGGUUAUAAACGUACGCAACAGAAUGUCGUAGAACAUCAAUCUAAAAAUGAGUUUACACAAGUUGUUGAACGUCAAUCUGAGAAUGAGCAACUGGUCUUUGAAUAUCAAUCUGAUUGGAGUGAGUUAGAUACAGGAUCUGAUUAUGAUGAUGAUAUUUAUUGGGAAUAUUAUGAUUAG